AUGCGUGCUAACAACCUUCUGUUGCUCGCCGGUCUGGCGAGCUCCGUUGCUGCUUACCCCGCCGAUGUCGAGAGCCGUACUCUUGGCCCCCUUCUGGAAGGUAUUGGCAAGGGUAUUGCCGAUAUUGGUGAGGGUGUUGGAGAAGGGAUUGAGGAUGUCACCAAGGGUUUGGCCGAUCUCAUCAGCCUCCUCUUCGGUGGCAGCAGUGGUCACACCACAGUAACUAUCCUCGAGGGAAUCAGCGCUCAGGCAGCCGCGGCCCUCCAGGGUGGUGCUUUGGGAUGCACUGCUGGUACUAUUCAUGCCGACGCACGUGCAGAGUUAGUUGCAUGGCUCAAGGCUCAUGCUGAGUUUGAUGCCUCCUUGAAGGCAGCCCUCGUGGCCUGGGCCCAGGGCGGAGCCUCUGCUACCUUGUCCGUCGAUGUCUGUGCUGGACUGUCAUUGUUCAUCCCCACUUGUGCCGACAUCGCCGCUAAGGGUGAUCUGUAUGUGACCCUUGACGGUAUUUUCUCUGCAACCGAUCUGGCUGCCGAAGUCGUGCUCAGCGCUUCGGCUCAGUCUUCCUUGUCUACAUUCCUCUCUGGACACCUUGGUGUUGGUCUCGAUGUCGACAUCAGGGCUGGUCUUGGCCUCUGUGCUGGCGGUGGUGUUGUCGCUGACCUGGCCGCGGAUGUUAAGGCUGCCCUGAAGGCUUGGCUCUCUGGCUCGGAGUGCACCUUGAGCCAUUCGUUGAAGGUCUCUGUUCUGGCCUGGUUGGAGGGUAAGGUCGAAACCGGUGUUGUCUCCAUUGGCUCUGUUCCUUCUGGUGGUUUGGCGACUAUCUCCGCUGGUGCUGCUAUUGGCAGCCUCAUUGAAGAGUCUGGAAUUCUGGUCGCCAGUGCUCUAGCUUCCCUCUCUGCCUUCCUCGAGGCCGACAUUGCUGCUGACCUUGAGGUCGAGAUCCUCACCGCCCUCAAGGCUUGUGCUAAGGGUGGCCUCGCCGCUGACCUCAGCGUUGAAGUCCGUACCGCUUUGGCUAUCUGGCUCUCUGGCUCCAGCUGCCGUCUUGGUGCCGAACUCAAGUCUGUUGUUCUAUUCUGGCUUACCUUCGCUGUUUCUGCCGAUGUUGCGGUUGAUGUGAGCGGUGGUCUUCUCACUGAUAUCACCUCCUUCCUCACCGGAACUGUCGACACCCUUAUCGGCACAAACCUCCGUGGCGUGAUCUCUGUUCUCAUCUCUGGCGAGAGCCUUGUCUCCAUCUCCCUCGACGCUCGUGCUCAGCUCGCUGCCGUCUGCGGUGGUGCUGCUGGUAUUGAGAUUGACACCCAGAUUAUCCUCGUCAUUAUUCAGUGGCUCUCUGGCUGCGACACCGGCUCUGGCGCCCACAUCCGCCCCCCUACUUCCGGCUCCGUUGUUCCUAGCAUUCCCGCUUCUACGCCUGUUGCCUCUACCCCUGCUGCCUCAACGCCCCUUGUGCCGACUCCUGUCCCCACCAGUGCCGGUGCCACUGGCAGUGACGUUCCCUCCGUUCCCGCUGGCUCUGCUACUACCGGUGUUACCUCCGGUGUCAACUCCGGCUCUGUUGUUCCUAUCCCGAGCGGCCCGGCUCCCAGCGAUGAGGCCAGCAGCACUCCCUGCGAUACUAUUACCUCUGAGACUGUCAUUGGCAGCGCCACCACUGAGUAUCCUUCCAGCCCCGCCCCCACUGAUGUCAGCCCUACCGGUUCUGAGUCUGUGAGCGUUCCUGCUGUUCCUACCCCCAGCGGCCCUGCUUCUAGCGGCCCUGCCCCCAGUGACGAGGCUAGCAGCACCCCUUGUGACACCAUCACCUCUGAGACCGUCAUCGCCAGCGCUACUACUGAUGUGGUUCCCACUGGCCCUGCUGUCACCGGUGUUACCUCCGGUGUCAGCUCCGGCUCUGUUGUCCCUACUCCUAGCGGCCCUGCCCCCGGCGAAGAGGCUAGCAGCACUCCCUGCGAUACCAUCACUUCCGAGACUGUGAUUGCCAGCGCCACCACUGACGUGGUUCCUCCCGCUCCCACUGACGUCAGCCCCACCGGUUCUGAGUCCGUGAGUGUUCCUGCUGUUCCUACUCCUAGUGGGCCUGCCCCCGGCGAAGAGGCUAGCAGCACUCCCUGCGAUACCAUCACUUCCGAGACUGUGAUUGCCAGCGCCACCACUGACGUGGUUCCUCCCGCUCCCACCGACGUCAGCCCUACUGGCUCGGAGUCCGUGAGCGUGCCCGCUGUCCCUACUCAGACUGGCCCUGCCGGUGAAGCCGAGUCUACUCCUUGCGACACCUUGACUUCGGAGACCGUCUACCCCGUCGCCACUGAGACUGAUGCUCCCUCCGUCAGCACCACUGAUGUCCCUCCCGUCAUCACCACUGCCCCCGCUAUCAGCUCCGGCCCCGCUCCCAAGGUGGUCACCAUCUCCACCACCGUGAGCGUCGCUGUUUGCGAGCCCUAA